UCUGUGGAUCUGUCAACCGAUUUUUAUUUUUCUUAUACAUACGACUUGAGUCGAACUCUGCAAGAAAAUGCGCUGGGAGUGUCGGACUGGCCAAACUUCAAAAAUGCCGGAAAAGCAGAUGCUACGUUUCAUACAGAUUCAAAGUUCAUCUGGAAUCGCUAUCUUUUGGAGCCGUUGCGCGCAAAUGCUGUCAGUGAGCAGUGGAUAAUUGAAAUGGUUCAUGGAUACGUUGGUCUCUUUACUGUUCAUCUAUUUUUUAUUCUUUUUAAAUGA